AUGAGAGGUCUCGUGUUAUUGUGCCUGCUUGGCUGCACCUUUGCAAAUGACACAACAUACUCUUGGAAUGGCCCUAACGAACCGAGUCAGCCUGACCCCAGCGCAGAGAAUGUUUGUCUCUCGGACUCGGAGACCUGUGGCUGCUGCUUGAUGCAGAAACAGAUGACAAGAAUGGAGCAGUACUUCAACUUGACUCUGGAGGAGCUGCAGAGGGGUCUGGAAAAAGCUCAGACUGCUCUGAAUAAUGUGCGCGCCAGCCGCAGUGCCUUCUCAGUGGCUCUGACUGACACUCGUCGAUGCCUGACUUCCACCCGGGACGACACUGUGGUGAAAUACCAGUCUGUGUUCAUUAAUUUAGGCGAGAGCUACAGUAUCACCACAGGUGUCUUCACAGCCCCUCGUUCAGGGGUCUACGCACUGGCUCUCACGGUGUACAGCGACGCCGGCGCCCCUGGGGCUCUCCUAGCUGCUUGUGUGCGUCUACGCAAGAACAGCCGUGUGCUAGCAUCACUCAACGAGUACAACACACAGGACCAGGAGGAUAGCGCCACCACCGUCCUGGCAGUGCAGUUGCAGGCUGGGGACAAGGUUGAUGUGGUUCUUCCUGCCACCUGUACCCUGUGCGAUGACAACAGUCACUUUAAUACAUUCAGUGGCUUCCUGCUUUAUGCUACUGAUUAA